AUGUUGCCUAAAGAUUAUGGACAAAAUUUGUCUCAAGAUACUUCUUGUGGGAAUGAUAUCUCCAAUUCUCAUCCAUUUGAUAUGAACAAACCAAGUAUUUUAGAUGGUCAUGUUAAUGUAACCUAUGAGCACCGUUUUUCACACUUAAUCAGUAGUGGAAUUACCUCAAAGGUUCCAGAUGUGGAAGACAAUUCCAAUAAUAGAGUUGUAAAACAAUCAAUUGGUAAUCUGUUAUGGAUGUUGACAAUGCUGCAAAUAAUAACAGCAAUAUCUGUAAUAUCAGAGAAUACCUUCAAAAAAAAGAAAACUGAUUACCAAAUUGCAUUUCAUAUAUGCACCUUUUUGUUAGGCAUGUUAUGUGUUGAAAGGUUUGGGCCUGAAAUGCACACUCUAUAUUUGCAUGAAUUAAUGUAUCAUCUUACAAAGCAAUUAGAAAAACGUAGGCUAACUCUUUCCGGAACUGAUAAAUUUGAAGGGUUUUUCGCACCAUUGAAAAAGCAAUACCAAAAAGGGUGUCAUAGAAAAGAUGAGGCUGAUCGUCAUGUUACUAUCAAACGAAAUGGUCAAUCUCAGCUUGGAUUAUUGCUUCCACAAUUUGUAAAAAGUAACAAUAAUUCCAAAAUUUCAGAGUGA